AUCCGCCAAGCAACAUGUACAUAUAUAAGCUGUCCAUUGAAUCACGGUGAUGCCAUAUCAUUUAUCUGAUAAUCUUCGAACAAAGUCCAUGGAAGAAACCAAUGUGAGUUUGAGACUUCUGAUAAACACAGAAAGCCAAAAAGUGCUUUUUGCUGAAGCAGACAAGAACUUCAUCGACUUCCUCUUUCACAUUUUGUCCCUGCCCGUCGGAACUUUCAUUACGAUUCUCACAAAGCAAGGAAUGGUGGGGAGCUUGGGGAACAUUUACGAGAGCAUUGAAAAUAUAAAUAUUACUUGCCUUCAACCAAACUUGAACAAAGAGACUCUCCUGAAGUCCAAAGUACACAUCUCUGGUGGUGGUACUGGAGUCACUCUCCUAUUGCCAAAGGUUAAAUCACCUUCCACUUCCAGGUACUGGUAUAGGUGCUCUAGAGACUAUAGCUGUUACUCAUAUGUGAGUAAUGACUCCAGCGCAAAGUGUCCUAAUUGCGAGCGCUCUAUGAAUGACAAUGUAAAUUUCGUAGACCCACCACGCGCAACGAAUGUGGGCUCUUCCUCCAGUGAGGAAGGGUACGUGAAAGGAGUGGUUACAUACAUGGUGAUGGAUGAUCUAGUGGUGAAACCCAUGUCCACCAUCUCUUGUGUCACUCUGCUUAACAGGUUUAAUGUCAAGGAUGUAGGGGUUCUUGAGGAGAAAGUGGUCGAUUUGGGCAUCGAUGAGGGAGUGAAGUUGCUGAAGGCUUCUCUGCAGUCAAAGACUGUUCUCACUGAUGUUCUUCUUCCAUUGUUGAAACCAGAAGGAAAACUAGAGAGUGAGAGACAGACAACCAUGGGAGGCAAUGGUGCUGAUGCUGUUGCUGCCCCUGCUGGUGGUGGUGCCCCUGCAGCAGCUGCUGCUAAUUCGAAGAAUGAGGAAAACGUGGAAGACACAGGGGAGUAUGGCGAUUAAGAGGAUAUCACGGCCCAGAGGGGCAAAAAGUACUAGGAAAAAAACAAUAAAAAGAAACUGUAUGGGUUUUUUUUUUUUUUUUUUUUAUGAUAAAUAUAAAUAAACAUACU